AUGGAGAGUGUGGAAUUGAAGGUGGAGAUGGUUGGGAUACAUGAGAAGCGACUUAGGAAAUGCUUGUCCAAAUUGAGAGGGAUAGAAAAGGUGGAAGUAGAUGCAUACAGUCAGAAGGUGAUUGUAACAGGAUGCGUACACAGGAACAAAUUACUGAAAGCAAUCAGGAGAGGAGGAUUGAAAGCUGAUUUCUGGUCUCCCCAAAAUGAGCUCCUCGCUGCUUAUGCCAGCGCCAGUUAUGGAAGCUUAAGAUUCAACAACAACUUCAACUUGUUCUAG